UUGGUCCGGAGCAGCUCAGUGGGUGGGACGGCCGCUGGUCGAUCUAGCGCGGCUGGCUAGGUGCUCUGGAGUUCUGCGCUUUCACCGGAGUUGGGUGCUUCCGGCAGUUGAGCUGCAUGCCGAGGGGCUGCCCUCACCUUGCGCCGCCGGCCCGGCUCCAGAGUCUCAGAUAUGGACCUUCUUCAGUUCCUGGUGUCCUUUGUCCUACUGCUGUCUGGCACAGAGGUCACAGGCACCCUAAAGACCACCCUGGACCCAAGCCUCAAGAUUUACAAGAAGAUGUUUGAGGUGAAGCGGCGGGAGCAGUUGUUGGCGCUGAAGAACCUGGCGCAGCUGAACGACAUCCACCAGCAGUACAAGAUCCUUGAUGUCAUGCUUAAGGGACUCUUUAAGGUGCUGGAGGACUCCCGGACAGUGCUCACUGCUGCGGAUGUGCUCCCAGAUGGGCCCUUCCCCCAGGACGAGAAGCUGAAGGAUGCUUUCUCCCAUGUGGUAGAGAACACAGCCUUCUUUGGUGAUGUGGUGCUGCGAUUCCCAAAGAUUGUACACUACUAUUUUGACCAUAAUUCCAACUGGAACCUCCUAAUCCGGUGGGGCAUCAGCUUCUGCAAUCAGACAGGUGUCUUUGACCAGGGGCCUCACUCACCCAUCCUCAACCUGAUGGCCCAGGAGCUGGGGAUCAGUGAGAAAGACUCUGACUUCCAGAACCCAUUUAAAAUAGACCGGACAGAGUUCAUUCCUAGCACUGACCCUUUCCAGAAGGCCUUGAGGGAAGAAGAAAAACGUCGGAAGAAGGAGGAGAAAAGGAAAGAGAUCCGGAAAGGCCCAAGAAUCUCAAGAUCCCAGUCUGAGUUGUAGCCCUGGAGCAGUUUGGGGCAUAAGAGAGCAGCAAGAGGACAGUCAGAAGAGGCACAACUGUGGGCUGUGGCACCAGCCACUUCCAGAUGGGGACUUUGUUUGCUGGGUCUGAGCGUUGGCCGAAAAGACUGAGCCUCUGGGAUCUUAGGGCACACCGAGGGAGCCUUGAGAGGAGCUUGCAGGGAAGAUGUUGGGGGAGGCUGGCUGAAGGGGCUCCUGGUCUGGAUCAUCUUGGUGAAUAAGGGCUGCAGGCUGGCUGCUGUGCUUUGUGAGGAAGCAGCAGAACCUGGCUCUGACUUACAGGUGAAGGUGCCAUGCUUGCAGCUGACCUCAUUCUUGGGCUGCCUAUUACCAUUUCAGCUCUGUGCAGAGCAACACUAAAAGCCAGCAAAUCCAUUGGCCUCACCAAGGCUGAUGAGGAGGCUGUAAGGGCACUAGUAGCUUCUAGAGAUGUCAGGACCAGCCUGGAGUAUGCUUCUGCCUUAUCAGGAGGGAGCCCAGGCCUCUGCAUUGCACAGAAGCAAGAGCCGGGUUCAGGCCUCCUCUUCCCUCACUACUGCCCUUAAUGAGGGAUCAGUUUGGAAAGGGGACCCAGAAGUGUCCUGAGAGGGUGUUUUAUUUCAAGGAGACCUUAAAAGAACAUGAUCUCUAUUCUCAGAUAACUGGGGACAGUCAUUGAGUUGGUUCAGGGGACAAUCAACUUGUCUCUACUGCUAAAAGAUACACAGCCUGUGUGUGGGGAGAGGCUGUAGGAAGAGGUUACAGGAGGCUGUGCUUUGUAAUGGGGCUACUGUGAGCUGGAUUGAUCAAACAGUGGGCUUCCCAGUCCAGGGUUCAAGCAGAGUCCUGUGGCCACAGGGCAGAAAGCUGUGGAAGGAGUUAAGCCCUCAGAGAGCACCCUGGUUUGUAUGAAUCCCAAGGCAGGUGGCUGCCUUAGCUCUGUUGAAAUUAUAGCUCUACCUCUUUGAUCUAGCCAAGCCAAAAUGUAUCUCUUAAAGGCAUGGAGACACCCACCAUCCCAGAAUCUUCCCCUUCAAGUACACUCUUCCUCUUACUGACAGUGCUCAUGAGACCUGAGUCUUAGCCUGACUUGACCCUGGCCUACUCUCUCCCUUCCCUGUGCUGUGCCUUCAUUGGUAAAAUAAAUUUGAUGAUGUCUGAA